UUGGUCAGGGCCAACGACGAUUCAAACAAUCAAUCUAUUAAGUCCUUACAUUGGAAUAUAGUUUAUCACUCGCAACUCCAUCGCCCAAAGCAAAUAUGGUCAAGGUUCUUCUCACUGGAGGUAGCGGCUUUAUCGCGGCUCACAUUGUCGAUUUCCUGCUGCAACGGGGCUUCGACACUGUAGUAACAGUGAGAUCGGAUGAAAAGGGCCAAAAGAUCCUGGAAGCCCACCCCGGCGUUUCCAAGGAAAAGCUGUCCUAUGUAAUUGUCAAAGACGUUGCGGCAGAUGGGGCAUUCGACGAAGCCGUCAAAUCAAACCCACCCUUUGACUAUGUCCUCCAUACCGCAUCUCCUUUUCACUACAACGUCCAGGACCCCGUCAAGGACUUCCUGGAUCCCGCUAUUAAGGGCACCACUGGCAUUUUGAAGGCCAUCAAGGCCUACGCGCCCACAGUGAAAAGAGUUGUCAUCACGUCUUCCUUCGCAGCCAUCACCAAUGUCAAGAACCACGCGAAGGUGUACAGCGAGAAGGUGUGGAACCCGGUGACCUGGGAAGAGGCUCUGGACCCUGCGCAAACAUACCGAGCUAGCAAGACCUUUGCAGAAAAGGCUGCCUGGGACUUUAUCGAGAAUGAGAAGCCGAAUUUCGAUAUUGCAACGAUCAACCCUCCUUUGGUAUUGGGACCCGUUGUCCAUUACUUGAACUCUUUGGAUGCCAUCAACACCUCGAAUUCGCGGAUAAGCAACCUGAUUCGCGGUAAUAACAAAGAUGAACUACCGCCCACCGGAACAUUCCUCUGGGUGGAUGUUCAUGACGUUGCAUUGGCCCAUGUGAGAGCCAUCGAGGUUGCGGAAGCAGGAGGCCAGCGAUUCUUCCUUACGGCGGGCCUGUAUUCCAACAAGCAGGUUGCGGAUAUCAUCAGAGAAUCCUAUCCCGAACUAGAGGACAAACUCCCGCCAAAAGACUCUGCUGACGACACGCCGGCUGAUGUCUACGGCUAUGACAACAAGAAAUCCAUCGAGGUUUUGGGGAUCAAAUACCGGUCGUUGAAGCAGUCUGUCGAGGAGACUGUGAAAUCGCUUUUGGCGGUGGGUGCUUAGUUAUUUGGAAAUAGAUAGUAUAUGAUGAGAGUAGAUGGAUAAUACGACUGUA